AGGUCAGUCUUCUGGUAUCCGCUGUUCCAAAUAUAUAUACUUUGUGAAGUAACCUUCUUUGUGUCUCCGUAAUACAACGGUAGAUGGACGCAUGGGGUCUCCCUAGACCCCAGACCAGUUAAACUGGCUGUCGAUUUCGUCUGUUGAUGAUUCUACGUUGUAUUGAAUUUAAUCAUUAAUUUAAUAUCUAAAACAUUUGCCAAGUGUGUUAGACAGUAGAAAACCAUAGGGUCAUAAUUAAAUAUAUAUUUUAUAAAGUUUAAACCGAAUGAUGUUAAAAUAUAAGAGGUUCUUAGAUUAGAUAAUUAUUUUUUCAAGUUUUUUCACUGCAAUAUAAAGUAGCAGUGUAGAAUUAAUGAUUGAAUCAGAAAAUAUGCUGUACUGCAUGAAUUGCAAUGUGAUAAAUACAGGAGCAGUUAUAUAAUACUUGUUGAACAAUAAUGAAUUAAAAAGAACAAUUUAUGAAUAAUAGUUCAAGAUCUUUUUCAUCACAUGGGUCAUUGUCAGAUGAUCUGAAAGAUUUUAAUGAUAUGGCUAACAUUCGUAAAAGACUAAUUGAUUCAUCAAUAAGUAAUUCACAUCUUGCAAUUAAAGGUUCAAAAUUGCCUUUGAGAAAGUCCAAAAGUGUUAGGAGAGAACCUGAGAAAAUAGAACUUUUCUUGCCAGAGAAAGAAGAUUUUGCUUCUAUUGAGAAUCACUUUUUACCAUUAGAACCGUGCUGCUCACGUACACUUGUAGUAAGAUUGGAGCGCAUUGAUAAUCUAAUAAAAAAGUAUGAGGACAAAAAGAAAUCGAUUAAUAAUGAAGCAGUACUUAUUGUUUCUCCAAGAAAAAGGAAUAAUAAAACUGAGGAAAAUUCAAUAUUUAUUAAUAAAGUUAAUGGUGCAAAUUUUUCACAAGAAGAUAUGCCAAUUCCAUACUCGUCAUUUCAACUCGAAUCAGAGAAGAAUAUUUUCACAGACAAAUAUAAAAGCGAUGGUCCGUGUACUUUAAAUUAUCCAAUACAACAGUUACAUGAAUAUGGUAAUAAUUGUUGGAGUCUAGAUUGCAUAAUUUGUAAAGAAAAAUUCCAAGAUCGAUUGGAGCUGCACAAACAUGCAUCAUUAUCCCAUCCUGGCAUGCAAAUAUCAUUCUGCGAUAUAUGUGGCGAAUCAUUUUUUGGAAAGAAAUCCCUGUGUCAACAUACAACGUCCAAAUAUCAGACCAUACCUCAGAAAAGUCCUAUAAAAAAUACAGAGGUUAAUGAAAAGAAUCAAGUGCCCGUAGAAAAGAUAGUGGAGAAUCCAAGUCGACGAUUAGCAAAAAAGAAAUCAUUUUCUUUGAAUUCAAAAACCCAAAACAAUGCGAAUAUGCUAAAUGAAUUAAUCAACUUGGAAACGAAUUUGAUAUUUAAAAACAAUCUAUCGAAUUUAAAUGAAUUCAAUGAAAAUUUGUUUGAAACUGUAAAACAUCACAACUUAAAUUUAAUGGAUAAUGAAGAAAAAAGUCGUUGCAACAGAAGAACAACAAGAUUAGAACUCAAAACUUUGAAUGAAAUUAGCAAGAUAAGAAUGGCGGGAAAAAGAAAAACAAAUGACGCAGAAUUUAAUAUUUCUGAUAACGACAUGCAAAUCCAUAUAGAAAAAGCGGUAGCAAGGCAGCAUCAAAAGAGGCGCAAAGUUGAUAAUUCACCUAGCUGUGUCAUUGAGAAUGAGUUAGAAAUCGCCAAGAACAAGAAGCAAAUGAAAAAUGUAUCACUGGUAAAUCAAAUUGAUGUGGUGCCAGAAAAACAGCAAUUCAAUUAUUCAUGCGUGAAGUCCGAAAUAAGGGCACCAGUAUCUUUAAUUAAAACGGAGGAACAAAUAACUGAUUGGUUCCCAGAAGAUUUUACAAGUGUCGGAUGUGGUACAGGGAUAAACAGACAAUUAGAUUCUUCGAAAGAAAAACCUGCGACUGCAUCACCAAUUGAAAUAAAUUGCAAAGCUACAAGACCGACUAAGGAGCUCGAGAAGAGUUUCAAUGAAAAGGUACCCAAUACUACUUCAUUGGAGUCUGCGAUUGAUUUGCCGAAUGAAGUGGCCUGCAUUGAUCUUGAACACGACGUGGACAUACAAAUUCCAUAUUCAUCAAAUUACGAAGAAGAAACAAAUAUUCCAGUUGAAGAAAUUCAUGAGUCACUAAUUAAUCAAAAGGUCGAAAACUGUAGUAUUAUAGAUGAAAUAAUUGUUAUUCAGCUAAAAUCGGACGAUUCCGAAAUGAAUCAGGCUUCAGAAGUCCACGAAGAUAAUGAUAUAUGUGUGGAUUUUAUUGAAAAUUUCAAAAGCUCGGUGCAGCAAGAAGAAGUUUCAAAUUGUGGCACAGAAACAGAACAGAGUCAAAAUGGUAUAAAGAAACUAGCAAGGAGCGUUGAAAGCUCCAAGCAAAAUGAAGUGGAGCUCACGGAUGAGAUUGAAUGCAUCUACAUGGUGGAAAAUGAAAAGCCUGAAGUGGAAAUAAUUGAAGAAGAUUCAUGCAAUGACUUUGGAAACACUGAUUCGGAUGAAUGUGUCGUAAUGGAGCCAACAGAGGAAACAAGAGAAACAAUUCCGGAAGAAGCAGAGCAGGAUGUAGCCAAUAAUAUUGACAAUACUGAUUCAAGUGAAUGUGUUAUAUUAGAGCCAAAAAGAGACAUAGGUGAAAAAAUUCUUGAAAAAAAUGCAAUAAAUAAUAUUGAAUCGGAAGAUCUAGAGAAGAACAGUCAAUCUGAAAAUAAUGUUUCAACUGCACCUGUUGCUAAUCUGCAGCCGGAAAAUAAUUCAGACGAACAUGAGACAAAUUUGAAGAAAUCUGUACAACAAGAGGAAAAUGUUGAAUUAAGCAUGACGAACAAAUCAAAUAAUACAAUAAACAAUGAAAAUGGAUCUCAUGUGGAGGAUUCCACUGUUGAGAUAACACGAGGAACUUUAAAAAUUGUUGAUCAAAGCAUAUUAAUUCCACCUGCCUUUAGCACAACAUGGACCUGUACGGAUUGUUCAAAAUCCUUUGAUGAAUAUUUGAAUUUGCUUCUUCAUAAAACUGAAGUACAUAGGUAUGCAUGCACAGAGUGCAAUAAGUUCUUUGAUGGUAAGUCGAAGUUUCUUCUUCAUAUGGAUAAACUUCACCCGAUAAAACUUCGCAAGGGAUUAGAUCAUGCUGCGGACCAAGUUCGCAUCAAUGAACUCAUGUUAGAAGCAUUUAAAAUGACCAAACCGAAAGAAUCAAAUAAUAAUUCAUUAAAAAAGAGAAAGAUGAAUACAGAUUUUAAGAAAAUGUCAUUGUCAAAUCCUGUGAAAAGAGCUAAAACUGAUAUGAAGAAUAAGAUGGUGAUUGACAAUCUUGAUUCUGAACAAAUCUCGUCAUCGCAGCCUGCAGAACAGAAUAAAAGUAACGAAGUGAAUAACUUGGGGAUAGAUGUUUCUGGAAAAAGCGAAUCUAGCGAAAAAUUACCAGCUGAGCUUGUAAAAAAAUUAAGAAAAACCAAGAACAAUAAAAAAAAGAGUAACACACUGAUCGACGAUAUUGAUUCUGAAGAAAAGUUAUUACCUGAAUAUGCAAAAGUAAACGAAGUCAACGAGGAGAGUAAUGUGGUGAUCGAUGUUUCUGGAAAAACUGACUCCAACGAGAAAACAGCAGCUAAACCUAUGGAAGCAAGUAAAAAAGACAAGAACGUUAAAAGGAAUAAAGCAGUCAUUGCUAAUGCUGAUUGUGAACAAAUUUUAUCUUCUAAAUCUUCUGGAGAAAGCAAAGUUGAGCAGGACAGUAAUGCGAUAAUCAAUAUUUCUAAAAAAACUAAUUUUAAAAAGAAAACACCAACUAAAUCUGUGAAAACGAUUGGAAGAGCCAGGAUCGUUAAGAAAAAGAAAGUAGAUUCUAAACAAAAGUCAGCAUCUGAUCCUGUAGUUGGAAAAAUCGUCGAAGGAAACAAUGCGUUGACGAAUACUUCUGGAAAGACUAAUUCAGAUUUGCAAAAGUCAACAGUAGAGUCUGCAAAAUUAAUUAAAAAAAGUGAUUCUGAGCAAAAAUCAACAUUUCAUUCUAUGGGUGAAGAAUAUGUAAACAAGGAAAAGAAAAUAAUGUUUGACGUUCCUGAAGAAAUUAAUUUUAAUGAAAAAUCAUCAAUUGACCCCUCCGAAAAAAUAAAAGACACUCAAAUUGAUCAGGAGCAUAUGACAGUGAUCCAAAAUAUAGAUUUUGAACAAAAGUCGUCUCAAUCUGUGGAAGAAAAUAAAGCUGAUGUUUUCCAGGUAAUUAAUUCUAAAGAAAAGUCACAGACUAAACUUAUACAAAAAACUAAAAGUAAAAAAACCACAAAUAAACCAGAUUCUAAGAAAAAGAAGCCUUCAAAAAAAUAUGGACCUGUUAAAAAAUCCAAAACAAUUCAGAAAAAUUCAAAAGAAACUAAGAAUUAUAAUUCAAAAGCAAAUGUGCAGACAAGCAAAAAGAGAGAAAGUUCUAAAUUCAGUAAAAAAAAAUUAGCGGAAGAAGCUCAACGUGUGUCAAUAGGCCAGAAAAACUCAACAUCAAAGAACAACUUUGAGACAGCCAACAGGAUUCAAAAGGAUACAGAAGCAAUGAGUGAUCAUUCAACAAGUUCCAAUAUCGUCAGUGAAAAAAAGAAUGUCAAUCCAGGAUCACUGAUCAAGUGGAUGACCAAAAAAUCAAUGCAAGAUACAAAGACCAGCUGGAUGUGCAUAAAAUGUCAACAGCAUUUUGUAAUUCGACAUGAAUAUAUUCUACAUAGUUUUCACACUCACGAAGAUAUGACAUUAAUUUCUAUCUGUGACAAAUGUGGAGAAGUCCUGACUUCUAUAGAAUCUUCAAAAAAUCACAUGUGCAUGGAAGUUAUUGUUUGGUGCUGUCAGAUAUGUUCCAUGGGAUUUACAACUGGUCUCGAAUUUGUGCAACACAAUCGAGUUCACCAUUUGGAAAUCUCAGUACUGCAUAAUUGUGAUGCUUGCUAUAGAAGCUUUGUGACUGAGACGAUGUUAGCGAAACACCAAGAGGAACAUGACAUCAGUAACGUUACGCUUUCCGAAAUUGCUACGACUUUACGUUCAGAUAAACUCAAAAAAAAAUCAAUAAAAAUUUCAAAUAGGAAAGCGGGUAUAAAGUCAUCGAAAAAAUCGGAACAAACUGUAAAUAAAAAAUCAAUGAAAGUGCCAAGGAAAAAAAAAGAAAAAACAGUGAAGGACAAAAAAUCUGUGAAAGUAAUAGUUAAAAGAUCAACGAAAGUGAAAGUUAAAGAACCAGUCAAAGUGGCAGAAAAAAAAAUAGCUAAAGUGAAAAACCGAACAAAAGUAUUAACUAAGAAACCAGCAAAAGCUCCAACCAAUAAACCGACUAAAGUGUCAAAAAAGAAAUCUACAAAAAAACCAACAGAAGAGUCUACAAAAGUGUCAAAUGACCAAUCAAAAGGAUUAUCAGAAACUUCACUUGAAGAAGCAGAGAAAAUGGAAAAAUCAAAGAAGAAACCCAAAAAACCAACAGAGAAAUCAUCAAAAGCAUCAACAGGAAAUUCAUUAAAAUCACCACCAUCAGAAGAACCGGUACAAUUGUUAUUUAAGAAACCAAGAGAGUUUGGUCCAAGGUCAAGCAAAUAUCUACCAGCAAAGUUCCACUUCUUCAACUACCAGACCUUUCAAUCAGCAUUCGUCAAGAUCCAGAUGCCUUGUUUAUUCUGCGAGGACGUUUUCCGAUCGUCAGCUGGUUACAUAAAUCAUUUGCUCAAGACUCAUCACACUUCCGGCGAGGAGUGUCAAAUCUGUCGCAACACCUUUGCCAAUGAAACCAUGAUCCAACAUAUGUUAGCUAUGCAUGCUGUGCCAAGUGACCCAAACAAAGACAGCUUGAAGCCAAUAGAGUCAUUUGAUUCUAUAAAUGAAGACAAAGAUAAGCCCAUAAAUAUGGAUACGGACUUUAUUAUUAGACACAUGGAUAAGAAGCGGCUUUUUCUAUUGUGUCAAUAUCAUGCGUUUGAUCAUAUAUUGAAAAACGAAACUUUUCUUUGUCCUUGGUGUAACAAGGUAAUGGAACACCCGCGUCAUUACAAAAUACACUUUCUGACAGCGCACGAUAAAACUUGUGUCAUCUGUAAUGUCGACUUUGAAAUCAGCCAAGUGGCAGCCCUGCACAAAAGUAAAGUUCAUGGCUACGUCGGAAGUUACUUAUGGUUUGCUGAAAUCAUCGUGAGAACUCUCGUCAAUUCGAACCGAUUUGGCGCCACUCCAAAGGACAUCAUGAUCCACAUGAUUGGUGGUGAUUUUCCAAUAUAUGAGAAAAUCGUGGAUAACUUAACUGAUGGAAAAGUGAUAACUGAUUUGAAUAAUAGUAAAAACUCUUGUAAUCAAUCAACAAGUGUGAAAAAUCAUCAGAAAGACAUUUCAAAAAAUGACAAAAUAGCAAACGUUAAUUCAUCCAAUGAUUUUCAUACCAAAAAUUAUGAUUCUUCCACCAAUUAUGAAUUUACACCGACUAAUGAUUCCCAACAAAAUGGCAAUAGAAGUGAAAAUGUUAUUCCGAUGAUGAGCGACAAUUGUUUGUAACGAUGUCACUGAGUUCACCUCUCAGAGAGACGCUUAUAAUGAGUUAUAUAAAUUGAACAAUAGUAAUGAAAUUUUAGAGGAACAUGUGUAAUUGACGAGUACAUUAAAAAUCAUUAAGAUUGAAGGUACUAUUUAGAUUUACUGUAUAAAAACUUCACAUAGAAAUACUAGUAUUUUUUUAUAUAAUGAUGAAUAGGGUUGAAAAAUUAGUACAGUAGAAUUUAAUAUACUUGUGAUAGGAUCAUUAUCAUUUUUAAGAUGUGUAUCCCAUUGUUUCAUAGAGAUUAUGUAAACAGAAAUGAUGUUUUGAACAGUCAAUGUAAAAAUUCUAUAUGCUAAUAAAAUACAAUUACUACAUGAUUAA